AAACUACACCAUGACGGGAAGUGGUGGAUAGGCAGCCGAGAAGAGCCAUGGGAGGCUGCAGCUGCCUCCCUGCUCUGCCGGCUCCUCAACUUGCCAGCCAUGGAGCCCCUGCCUCUGAAAUUCUGCUACUGCUGAACAAGCCUUCCAGCCUCAACAAGGCCAACACAGCCUCAGGAAGGCAGGCCUCCACCGAGGAAAUUAAAAAAGCAGCAACCAGCAGGGGUCUGAAGAUUCAAGAUAAGCAGCUGCAACUGAGUUUGGAUACUAAUGGAGGAAAUUACUCUUCUUGGGAUGUUCCCUGUGAGGUUAUGAACAUCAGAUGUGCUGGUGGCUGCACCAGAACCCCUACAGGACUUCUUGCAAUGAUGAGCUGGAAUGGAAUGAGUGCAAGGAGAGGAGGAGCCAAAAUGACAUCACAUCUGAGUUGUGUCUUGCAUGCACCACCAUUGUCUUUAUCCAGGCCUAUGGUGGUGAAAGCCUUGACUGACAUGUCAACAGAACUCACUUUGUGUGGAAGGAAGUCAGUAGGGAGAAAUAACGAGACACACCAAGGCGUCACUUCACAGAGCAAGCGACAACUUCCAGCAAUCAUGGUAUUAUGUGCUUUGGACACCUGUCUCCAAGGAAGAUAUCAUUCAAUCACAGCUAGUGUGAUGGGGCUGCCAUGA